AUAUGGGAUGGGGCUAUGCAGGCGCGUUUUGAAUCUCGCAUAGCGCGCAUCACCGCAUCGGCAGGACUCCCACUCUCUUGGGUGGACAACCUCGAAUUCAAGGCUUUCGUCGAGGACUUCAUCCCUGCAGCCCGUCUGUUCUCCCGACGGACCCUAACUAGCCGGAUUCUUCCGGCAGAGGUUGCAGUAAAUCGGCGCAGCUGUGUCAGCCGCGUCAAGGAUGGCGAAUGUACGAUCGCGUAUGAUGCUUGGACUGGGAAUAACCAGCAAAACCUUUUACCGUUUCAAGGCCAUGCGAAGGGCGAAAUAUUCACCAUAUCCGUCCACGAUAUAUCCGGAGAACGGAAGUUCGCCAUCAAUCUUCUGCCACUCAUCGAACAAGCAUACGAGGAUGCACAGAACAUCUACGGAGUCAAUGUCGUUGCAAUUGUUUCGGAUGCCGGCGGUGAUGCACGCGCUGCUCCUCAAAUGUUCGGCAGAAAGCAUCCCCGACUUGUAAUCCCAGAUUGUUACGCACACCAG